CCGCGGAGAGGAGCGAUCCGUUUACACUACUUUGCUAUAGCAGCUAUCUUAAUGGUUACUGCGUGGCCGGGAGGAAACCUGAUCGGCUAGAUCCAGCCGAAAGCAGGAGGAGUGGACUUUGCGGAGAGAGAGAGAGAAAGGGGGGGAAACAUGUCUUCUGCCUCCCCCACAGACAAGCUCCCGAGCGCGGUGGAGAUCAAGCAAGAGAAUGUGAUGGAAAUCCGCUCCGAAGCAGGCACGGUGCCCCAGGAAAGGGCAGCCCUCCACCCUGCACCGCCGCCCCCGCCGGCUGCGGCCCCUUUCCCCAUGGAGCAAGCAGGCUCCGCGGCUGGGGAGGAGGGAGGUGCGGAUCAGCUCCUGCUCCACACUGAACUUCUGGCCAGGAAUCACCAUGCUGCCGCCGCCGCCUCCUCCUCCUCCUCUCCCUCCUCCUCCUCCCAGACCCCCCUGGCUUUCUCCCCGGACCAUGUAGCCUGUGUCUGCGAGGCGCUGCAGCAAGGUGGGAACCUGGACCGCCUGGCCAGGUUCCUGUGGUCUUUGCCCCAGAGCGAUCUGCUACGUGGCAACGAGAGCCUGAUGAAAGCCCGGGCGCUGGUGGCUUUCCACCAGGGCAUCUACCCGGAGCUCUACAGCAUCCUGGAGGGCCACAGCUUCGACUCCUCCAACCACCCGCUGCUGCAGGAGCUGUGGUACAAGGCUCGCUACUCCGAGGCGGAGCGAGCCCGGGGCAGGCCCCUGGGGGCGGUGGACAAGUACCGGCUGCGGAGGAAGUUCCCCCUGCCCCGGACCAUCUGGGACGGCGAGGAGACGGUGUAUUGCUUCAAGGAGAGGUCCCGCAACGCGCUGAAGGAGCUCUACAAGCAGAACCGGUACCCGUCGCCGGCCGAGAAGCGGAACCUGGCCAAGAUCACCGGGCUCUCCCUCACCCAGGUCAGCAACUGGUUCAAGAACCGGCGGCAGCGGGACCGCAACCCCUCCGAGACCCAGUCCAAAAGUGAGUCAGAUGGCAACCCUAGCACAGAAGAUGAAUCCAGUAAGGGGCAGGAGGAUUUGUCUCCACAUCCACUCCCCAACUCGUCCGAUGGAGCUACCAAUCUAAGCCUUCCCAAUCACAUGGAGCCAGUGUACAUGCAGCAGCUUGGAAACACUAAAAUAUCUUUAAGUUCUUCUGGCGUUUUGCUGAAUGGAAACCUAGUGCCUGCCAGUACUUCUUCUGUCUUUCUUAAUGGGAGCUCUUUUCUUCAAGGACCCAAUGGAGUAAUCCUCAAUGGUCUCAACAUGGGGACUUCACAGACAGUAACUUUAAAUCCACCCAAAACAACUUCAAGUGCUGUGAGCAAUGGAGUGUCAAUCACUGACAUAUUGGUGUCUUCUUCUGAAGAUGUCAAGGACUUCAAAAUCCUCCAGGCUUCUGUGUCUAACUCUGCAGCAGCACCAACACCAUACAAUCCCAGUAAUGUACCUGUCUCAUUUCCAGGGUUAAUACCAAGCAGUGAGGUGAAAAGGGAAAGCAUACAAACGGUUGCUUCUCAAGAUGGAGGGUCUGUAGUUACUUUUACUGCUCCUGUCCAAAUAAACCAGUAUGGCAUUGUCCAGAUCCCUAAUUCAGGAACAAAUGGCCAGUUGCUUAAUGGAAGCAUCGGGUUUUCUCCUCUGCAGCUGCCUCCUGUUUCUGUGGCAGCUUCACAAGGUAACAUUUCAAUAAAUCCAAGUACAUCAGAUGGGGGGACUUUUACAAGUGAUUCUUCAACAGCGCAGCAAGGAAAGGUUUUCUUUAGCCCUCUUGCUCCUAGUGCUGUGGUGUAUACAGUUCCCAAUUCAGGUCAGGCAAUAGGAUCUGUUAAACAAGAAGGAUUGGAAAGAAGCCUUGUGUUUUCUCAGUUAAUGCCCGUCAGUCAGAAUACACAACUAAAUGUAAACGUAUCUUCUGAAAAUGUAGCUGGUGGAGGCCUCCAAUCCAUGGCUUCCUCCUUAGUAAAUGUAACUCCCUCACAUAAUUUUUCCCUAGCUCCGCCUUCUCUUUUAAAUGCUACAGAACUGAACUCUGGUAUCUCAGAGAGUCAGUCUAUGUCAGCAUCUGUAACAAAUACAUCUACUGUGAUCUCAAUCAGCAACACUAACUAUGCAACUCUUCAGAACUGUUCCCUCAUUACCAGUCAAGAUCUCAUGUCAAUUUCUACAGCACAGCCUGCACUCCGGGAAAUAGUUUCAACAACUGGAGACCAUGUCAGUCAUCCAUCUGCACAAGUUCAUCCGGAUUUUGUCAGAGAGCACAGGUUAGUUCUGCAGUCAGCACCCGAUGUCAAGGAGAAUUUCUUAUCCAAUUCUGAGAGUAAGUCAACCAGCAACUUAAUGAUGCUGGACACAAAAUCCAAAUAUGUUAUGAGUAAUAUGGUCGACACGGUCUGUGAAGAACUGGAAACGGACAAAAAAGAGCUUGCCAAACUCCAGACAGUUCAGAUGGAUGAAGAUAUGCAAGAUUUUUAACUUUUUCUUGCUUUUGGUUUCAGUAGAUAAGUCUCCUCAUGAGGCCCUAAAAAGCACCACGUUUUUUCUCAUUUAAAGAAAAUACUAAUACAGUUCAAAACAGAAGAACAUUUGAAUAAUCUGCAUUAAAGUACAUGGGAAUCUACAAUAAUGGAAUUAGGUUGCCACAUUUUGUUUGCAUGCAAUAUGCUCUUUUAACCAGACUAAGGGAGGCAGGUUAGAGGAAAUACGAGCUAAACAACCAAGCAGAUGUGCGUUGCUCUGGUUUACUAAUAUAACCCUAAUAGUUUAACUAGAAUCUUCAUGCCACAACAUAAUUUCAUAAAUAAGUAUACACUCCUAAUAUUAACUAGGAAAAUGAAAUAUCUUUAUAAAAAGAUAGAAACAAUGCAUUCUUUGUUGUUUACUUCUAGUCCGUGGGCAUUGAACAGAUUUUAAGAAAAUAGACGAUACCUCACAAGCUACUUUCAUGGUGUUUGAGGUUAAGGAACUAAACACAAUUGCAAAUAAUAUUGUCGCUGUUUUUUCCAGCAGACUUCUGUUCAUCCCAAAAAUCUUGCUUCGAACUUUUGCAGAUUUCUAAAUGUUAUGACUAGCAUUUUGCCAGUUCAGCAAGGGGGGAGGGGGAUUUGAAACUCUAAUUAUGCAACUCUAAAGCUUUCACUCCAGUAUGAAUGUAAAUAUUAUUCCAGUUAUUAUAAAGGAGACUUUUUUAUUAGUACAAUGGAUUUUAUUUAUGGUUUAUGUUGGUCUCUUUCACUUUAGAUACAGUGCAUUGAAAUGUUUUCUGACUGUUUAAUUUAUUUUUAUCGUUUGAACAGGAAGUAAACAGUUAUUUUCAACAAGGUUUUACUUUUUUGUAGGAUUUUCAAGGGAUGAGUUUUAUCAAUAGACUGUAAAAGAACAAUGUUAAUCACACUGAAGCUAAAAAAUGAACUCCCAGUAUUGCAAGACUGGGACAUUUUUCCCUCCCAUCUUUGUGUUUGGGUUUUUGUUUUUUGUUACGUUUUGUUUACUUAGUAAUUUUCAAAUUAGUUAAAAGUUUUAUGUAUUUUUACAAAAUUCCACGUGCCUUUCUUCCUAGUGGCCUUAUAUCCUUGUUACUAAAGCACAGUGGCAAGAGGAAUGAAAACACUUGUGUGCAAUUAUCCAUCCUCAGGGCCAGAUUCUGCCGGCCUUACUCUUGUGAGUAGCUCCAUUGACGUCAAUGUGUCUACUUUCCUGAGUUAGACAAGUUGGUCUCUGGGUCAUUUUGGGUGAAAUUCGUCAGUUGGGUGUAGGGCCAGAGUUUGGCCCUCUGCACCAUUUACACCCUGCAGAGGAGGGUCCACAGAGGUACAGUGGGCAGAGCAACCAUAAAGAAAAGCCUCACGUAGGCCAGUAUGGAUAGCUAUGAUGGGCUAGGCUAGGGAAGGGGGUUCUAUAUUUGCAAGGUUCCACUGGCUCCGAAACCCCAUGCAACCGGUGUGUAGCUGCUGUUCCAUCACAGAGGCCCUGAUUCAGGAACGCCCGUAAACAUGUAUUUAUGUGCCCUUCCUAAACAAAGGGAUGCUUUCUUCAAUGGGGCCACAGGCUGCAACAGGAACCCCUAAUGGUUUGAGGGAGCUGUGCAGCGGCAGUAUUUGCUGGCUCAGAGUUCGGGAAAGAUUUCAGCUCCAUAGCCCUCUGCACUCCACCCACAACACUCAGGCUCCAUGUGGAUGGAGCAGAUUUCACCAUUUGUCUAUAGGAUUUUUUUUUAACCUGAAAAAGCACAACCUUAAGCUUUAAUAAUAAUAAUGCAGAUCUAUGAAGAACUACUCGCUGUUUAUUCUUUUUUUUUUUUAACUCUAAUGUGAAUAUAAACGGUAAUUAAAGCAUGAAUUAAUCCUCCUAAAAGGGCUGGUCCAAAGCCCAUUGAAAUCAGCAGAAAUGCUUUCAGAGUCUUCAAAGGACUUUCAGUCAGGCCUGAAAUGAACUGAUGUAGAACAUCUUUUGUAAAAAAGACAAAAACAAUUUAAAGGAAAGCAAAUAGAGAUAAUGUCAGUUCUGUCCAGGAGUAUCCCUGUCUCAUCCUGUCUUGAUAGCUAACUGGUCCUAUCUAAAUUUUUUAAAGAAAUGGCUUUUUCCAUGUGCUGUGUGACACUAUGAUAGCCUCACUGUUGUUUUGCACUAUAUUGCAUACAAUUUAUUUUUGUAAGUAACAGCAUGGAACCUCUAAGCUGAGCUGCAGAGAAUUGUUCCAUUCAACACUGCAGCCCAAGUUUGGGGGAAGGGGCAGGAAGGAAGUAUAUGUUUUGUAAAAAGAGGUCAUUGAGGCUUUCCAAAGUAUAUGGAGAAAAGAAAACAACUAGCCAUUUGGCUACCUCCCUGACUUGCAUCAAUGUUGUUAAAAGCAAGCCAUUUAAAACGUUUAUUAUUAUUAAAAACAAAACUUGGAGCCAUCAACUGCCCUGAGUCUGCAUGCAUGCCUCCCACUGACAUGAGGUGUGGUUAGAGCGCAGGAUGGGAAGUCAGGGACUUAGGCCUUGGCUACACUGGCAAUUCACAGCGCUGCACUUGC